ACGCCCAAAGGGUAAAGGACCAUCAGUUCAUCUUUGUACUUUUGCCCUGGGUCUGGGUAAUGGAUACUCAUUCCUUGCCACUGAAUAUUCAGUUGACGUUUAACCAAGAUUUAGCAAGCCUCAGAGUACUAGAGAUUCAAAGUUGAGAAAUACAGUCCCUUCCCUGAAGAAAUUUUCAAACUAACAGACAUGUGGCUGUACCUGGCCUGCCUCAUUGGCCUUUACAAUCUCUUUCGUUGGUAUCAGGAGAGGCAGGUGGUGAGUAACCUUGAAGACAAAUAUGUUUUUAUCACCGGCUGUGACUCUGGAUUUGGGAACCUGCUGGCCAAGCAGCUGGACCUUCGAGGCAUGAGGGUGCUAGCAGCUUGUCUGACAGAGAAAGGGGCCGAGCAGCUGAGGCGUGGGACUUCAGACAGAGUAGAGACAGUGAUCCUGGAUGUAACCAAAACUGAGAGCAUUACCUCAGCUGCCCAGUGGGUGAAGGAACGUGUGGGAAACAAAGGUCUCUGGGGCCUUGUGAAUAAUGCAGGCAUCUCCUUGCCCUCUGCCCCCCACGAAUGGCUGAACAAAGAGGAUUUCCUGAAAGUGAUCAAUGUGAAUCUCAUUGGACUGAUUGAAGUGACACUGAGUCUGCUGUCCCUGGUGAAGAAGGCCGAGGGCAGGAUCAUCAACGUCUCCAGUGUCAUGGGCCGGCUGUCUCUCUUUGGUGGUGGCUACUGCAUUUCUAAGUAUGGUGUGGAGGCAUUCUCUGACAGUCUCAGGCGGGAACUCUACUGCUUUGGAGUGAAGAUUGCCAUGAUUGAGCCUGGUUUCUUCAAGACCAACAUCACCAACAAGGAGCUUUUUUGCCAGAGCUACCAAGAGUUGUGGGAUCGAAUGGACCCUGAAGUCAGGCAAAGCUAUGGCCAAAAGUUCUUGGAAGCCUUUAUGCAGUCUACUCACAAAAUGGAAGAGCACUGCCAGUCAGACCUCUCCUUGGUGACCAACUGCAUGGAGCAUGCCUUGACCUCUUGUCAUCCACGUACCCGUUACUCAUGUGGCUGGGAUGCCAAGUUGUUUUUUAUUCCCAUGUCCUAUUUGCCCACUAGACUAGUAGAUACCCUUUUUUUGUGGAACUUUCCCAAACCUGCCUAUGCCAUAUGAUCCCAUUGGGAGAGGGAAGGAGUAGCAAAUGAUAAGGCAAGACAAAAAGCAGUUCAUAUAGUAAGGAAUUUGGUGUACGGUGGAGACAGAACAUAGAGCAGAGAAGGGGCCUGGAGAGAAUCAAAUCCAGUAAACAUUCAUUGGGCACCUAUUAUGUACAAGGUUCUGUGGGAAUCUGAAUAUGAGUAAGACCUUAUUCCUACCCUCAGUAAUAAUAAUAAUAAUAAUAAUAAAGUAGCAUUUAUAUAGCACUCUAAGGUUUGCAAAAUACAAACAUUAUCU